UGACGUGUGUGCUUUAAACCACUGGAUGGCAGUAGAGGUGUGCUUGCUGCUAGAGCUACUGUAGACAUACAUCCAUGAUUAUAGCUGCUUGUGUGGGUAUUGACAGGUAUAGCCAGGGAUGUUCAGGUAUUAUGAAAGAGAAACAGCCUUGUCAAAGAAAGCUGCUGGUUGAUAAUAUUUUGGCAACAUCUUAUUUUGUUAAUUAUUUGGUGAUUCAUGCAGCACAGUGGUAACAAUGUAAUCAGGUACUAAGCCAUUUAAUGAUUCCUGGAUUACAGACGAGUACAGACAUGGUAAAGUUUGACUUAAUUAGUUUCAGGUGGGUGUUUGUAGCAUGUGAGCAGUUGCCAAUACUUGUACGUGAUACAUAGUGCCAAAGUCUGCCAGAGAUAAGAUUGUUGCCAACUAUGACAUAGCCCCAAAGACUGCUGGUUAGAUUACUUGUGAAACAAAGGUGAACUAGGUGAUGACAUAAUGCCUCCUGACUUUUCCAGGGAGGUAUUCCAGAUACAUGGUUUGGGACUAACCGGCAAGUUAUUUCAGAGUAACAAACACUUCUAAAGAGAAAUCGGCUUUAUUUUGCUUGGAGAACAAAGUCGUAGGGCUCCACUAGGUUAGUCAGUCACAUGCUUGGAAAACAUGCCCCAGGUUAUACACAUGCAGUUAUGGUGUUGAUCCCCAAGGAAGCUCACAGGGUUUAAUGAGGGAAGAAGUGCAUAGUUUUGCCACUUUGGUGAAACGAUACACGUUUAAAAGCAUGUCAGCAAACAGCAGCGCACAGACUCCACACAAAAGAAACCUCCCGUCUGAGUGGAGUGUUAUUGCUUGUCUGUGGACCAUAGAAAAACAAUUAAUCCAAUGCAAUGGGGAUCGGGAAGUCGAGCAGCAUCAAAACAACAAAGUCACCAAAGUUUAGUGGAUACGUAGUCUACAUGUUCGCCUUAAAAUGGGCGGUGCCUGUAUUCUUAUCCAAUGAAUAUCGUUCUCUAUUUAAAUAGCUUUUGCUGUCAGUCUAUUUUUCUCAGUCGGUUUCCUUUUCCAUCGCCAUAUUGGCCACUCAGAUGACUUGCCUGUUUUUCUUCGCUCUUACUACGAGACUAAACUGACAGGACAGCCCUGUUCAGCUGCAGUUUGUUUUCAAGUUCAAGUGAUCGUAAGCUACUGCACGCAUUGCCACACACUGAAGGGAGUUCGCCUGGAUCGUAUAUAAUUUGGCCAUGUACGCAUUGGCCUUAAUGUGGGCUUUAAACGGUUAUUGUGGCAAUAAGUGUUGGUAAUCUCGGACUCUGUUGGUUACAUAAAUUGACGCACGGACAUUUUCAUAUGUGGAAAAUGUCAAAUGUUCGUCUUUCUAAUGGAAGUCCAACGCUGGAAAGGGUGGAUUCUAGAUCGACUGAUCUCACCAGGGACCCCGUCUGCAGAAAUCUUUUCGGACCUGUUGAUCAUGAAGAGUUUAAGAAGGAUUGUAAGGAGCAGAUGCAAGAGAUGACAAGAGCAUCCACCGAGUCAUGGAGUUUUGAUUUCGCCAAUAACGAGCCUCUAUCUGAUGGGAAAUUCGAGUGGAGCGAGGUGGAUGGCAGAGCCGUUCCCGAAUUUUACACCAGACCUCCGCGUAUACGCACAGAUUCCUCAGACAGCUUGGAUCAUAACGGGAAUCAUGACUUGAAUACUAUAUUUCCUACUCCGUGUGCGAGUGGAGGAGGGCGCUCCGAAGACACCGACGCUGAUCGGAAUCAACAAGGGUUUUCGGAGACCCGUAACCCAUCAAGGAAACGACAUGCAAGUCAAGAGUCUGCGUGCCGAAGUAAAAGAGCCAACACAAGUUCCAGAGAGGUCGGCCGUAGUCGAGACACGACAGAUCUUGUAGAACAGACGCCUAACAAAUCUGGUCCAGGACCUAACCACGAACGUUAGCUUUCAAAGACCUAACAAUUCCUACCUUUUCCAUGAAACACUUGGUGCUUGAAGAAGCAAUGAGGAACUGCAGUGGGAAAAGACUCAUAGCCCUACAUGAAAAUGGGAGGGCUUGUAUAAGCACUGAUUUUUUUACACUAAAGUUUUAGCACUCAAAGGAAUACAUUUGCCUCAAAAGCAAACUAUGUAGCAGUGUGCAAUUGGAUUUUGUCCUUUUUUGCUCAGUUUUUUUUACUACCUAUCUAUAAAUAUUUGUUUUAUAUGUAGCACAUACAAAGUAAUAUUGUGUACUUGUAAUAUUAUAAAGUUUUUAUUACAGUGUGUGACUUGAAGAAUUGCAGUGCAGUUUUAAAAUGUCUCCCCAAAUUGCUGUUGGUCCUUCCAAUGGAGGGUUCUCCUGUUCAGGUAAUUAUUAGUUAGAUAUUGACAUCAGGGUUGAAAUAUUUUAAAUCAAAAAGUGCCUAUUUCAUGAGUUAAGUGCAGUUAUUAAAAAAAGAGAGGGUUGCCGUUUUUAAGUAGGUCAUAAAAUAGGGAUUGAGGGGCCAUAACCUUUCAGUUACAUUGCCUAGCUCAAAGAUAAAAAUAGUUUACGUAUAAAUUAUGGUUGGUGGCAAGAGGAUUUUAUUUGGGGUUAAAUAUGACUGUGAGCGAAUGACGUUCUGCCAAAGCUUCAAUACAUUGGAAGGAUGGGGUGGGGGUGGCCUGGGUGUGCAGGGGUGGUGUAAGGUUAUAUUCUAUGGUGUAUCUCAUGGAAUAUAAUAGUAUUAAAUCACUGGGAUAUCCCACUAAAUUUAUUUUGUGCCAGUUAUAUUAUAUUAGUUCUUUUAUUUUUUUUUCUAGAAGUCAAAAUCCUACAAGAAAUCCUACUGAGCACUUACCACGUAGCAUACGUCGCCUAUGUGUACAUUCAAAAUAAAUUCAUUUUCAUUUCAUGCAUUAAUCACAGUAGAGAAUGAUAUUGGCUUUUAACACUGGGUUGUGCAUCUUCAAACCACAUUAAUGCAAAGAUGUCAUUGUUAUCACAUUCAUGGGUAUUUGUGUUGAUAAUGUCAUGGCAUUAUGAUUAGAGACGAAUAUAGGGGAGCGAAGACGUUACACUGCUUUUAUUUGUGUACAAUAUUGAAGUUUAUUUGUAUAUAUUUCUAUGUAAGGAAACACUGAGGAAAUUAUACUAACUUAUUUAUGUUAGGCUUAUGUUGUUUAUGACUAUCCAAAGUGGCAUUUGUGCAUUUUUUGUAAGUCCAUAAUUCUCAGAUAUAAAAAUAAAUAAAUUGUGCAAAUUUGCAAACUGAGCCUACUUUUAAAAUGUGGAUUUUGUAUUGCAUGUUUGAAAAAUAUUAAAAGAAUAUCAAAACCUAA